AUGCGGAUGCCAUUGCGUGCUCUGAACUCGCAGGCCAGCUGUUACGCAGCUGCGUCGUCGCACGCUAUGACUAACGCUACACCAAGCAGCAGCGGACCUUUGGGAUCAAAUCUGGAGCCAUCAGAUAUACUUGCGUUCUUGAAUAGCCCCGAAUUCUCGUCAUACCAAUCUGCGUCGGAUGCCCACGGCGCCCUCCUGGGAGACGAUGCCACACUCGCUGCGACCGCACUCACACACGAGAGCUGGAUGCAUGGCGUACAAGGUCAUAACCGACGUCUCGCUUUUAUUGGACGACGUGCUUUGAAAACAUAUAUGUCGCUGUUCCUUUUUGAUAUCCUAGCACAAGCGACGCGCUCCCAAGCGUCGUCCGCCGACUUGACAUACUUGCAAAAUAUCCUUGCCACGCCUCACUCUGUGGACCAACUCGUGGCAACACAUCGUCUCGGCGAUCAUGUGGGUCGUGCAAUGGGCCUCGAAAAGGUGAUGCGUUGGCACCCGACGGUGCGACUUGAUGGUGCCUCUGGGCAGCAAGAGUCAGGCUUGUUUAAGGUGCGCGGUGCCUGCGUGGAAGCGGUACUGGGUGCUAUUUACCAUUACAGGGGGGCGCAAGUGGCACAGCAAUUUUUCCUGGCACGGAUUCUGCCGCAUUUGAAUAUGCUUCAUGAGCAGGCAUCCGACCUUGUUCGCUCCAAAAUUUCUCAAGCGAGCGAAGAGGCCACACAGGCCUUGUCGCAUGCUCCGUAA